AUGAACACGAUGGCACUCCUGCAGAUGUGGACGCUCGUCGCUGUCGCGCUCUGCAUUACCGUGGCGCAGGUGGCGAGCGCUGCCUCCAAGACAUACGUUGCACCGGACCCGACGGUGGGUCUUUCCUUCAAGGACCAGGAAUACCUUAUCGGCGUUGUUUCCUUCACCGUAGUGGUGGUGGCUUGCUUCAUGGGUGUCGCCUCGAUGAUGAAGAUCGACUAUGAUGAUGACACGCUGCUCAUGGUGGAGGUUCCCGGGGACAUAAACCACGAGAAGGAGUAG